AUGCCUGUCUCCCAAGAGAAAAUCGAAUACAUUGUGAACAGCCUUGCUGGGUACAUUGAUCGCCAUUUUAAAGGCCAGUCUACCACUCCAACCAAAAGACCAUUCAUCUUUGGCCUGACAGGCCUUCAGGGAAGGAGCAAAUCAACAUGUACCAAUGCAACUGUGAAAGGGUUGAAUGACAAACACAAAUCCAACACCAUAAAUAUCUCACUCGACGAUCUGUACCUUGACUACGAUGAUCUUGUCAAGCUCCGCCUUGCCAACCCAGACAACAGACUUGCCCAAUUCCGCGGCCAGCCCGGAACGCACGAUAUGGAGCUUGCGCGCUCUUAG